AUGCCUGCAGCGGCGCCUGAUGCCGUCCCCACUCCAGACGAGAAUGGGAGUACUUCUAAGGCCUUUACCACAAAUUCAGGACGCGACAGCAAGAAAAAUGCGUCCAUGGCCUGUCAGGGCUGCAAAAUCUCGAAAAGAAAGUGCAAUGGCGACUUGCCAUGUUCGAAUUGCCUAGCAACCUACAAGACAUGCACCUACGACCCGUCACAGGAUGGGCGAAGAAGACAAAGUCGCAAACGGAGAUUAGAUGAACUGGAGCUGCGCAGUCAGGCUCUCGACAAGCUAUUGGCCAGCCUGAAGAGCUCUUCAAGCUCCGAGGCAGCACAAUUGCUCGAGCUGAUCAGAAGCGAGGCUUCUGUGGAAGAGAUCAUUCGGUUCCUCGACAGUCACCCAGGCAAACUUGCGGACGAGGCUCGAGCAACACUUUCUCCAAGCCCACCUCUAAACAACCAACAACGCCGCAUGUUGACUUUGACCGAGCUCAACGAUAACCCAACGUAUAAAGUUACAGCAGCCCCAUGGACCACUGUUACCGAUGAUGACUUCUUCGUCUCCCAUCUUCUGUCUGCGUACCUGUCUUGGUAUCAUUGGUACUACCACAACUUUGACGAGCAGCUAUUCCUUGAUGCGAUGGCGGCUGGCGAUCUCGGCUCGAUUUACUGCUCCCCUUUUCUGGUCAAUGCGGUUCUAGGAAUGGGUUGCAUGUUUUCGGAUCAUCCAUCUGUCUUUGCCACCCCUGGCGACCUGAGUUCCCGAGGCCUCCAGUUCUACAACGAAGCUCACCGGCUUUGGAUGCUGGAGGAGGGAAAACCGUCACUGACGAAUAUCCAGGGCUUCACCCUCAUGACUAUGAUAGCGGCGUUCAGCGGAAAAGACAGGGUGAGUUCGAUGUCGCUGAAACAGCUCGAGGUCAUGAUUCCGCAGCUCCUUCGUCGGCAUCAAAAGUCGAUGCAGGAUCAGACAAUAUCAGAGGACUUGCGCAGAUCCCUGGUUAUUGUGCAAUGGGCAGCGCACAUAUAUUGGACGUCGUUUGGGACCGGAUUUCUCAUACCGCCUUCGAACCCUAAACCUUCCGUCGAGGCUCCAUAUGCAGUUCAAAGCUGGCAGGACCGCCUCACUGACUGGACACCAUAUCCCUUGCAGCGAGAGACAAUCCAGUUGCCGCUUCAUCAUCUUUACCAUCACAUAUGUGAGCUGUACCUCAUAGUGCCGGACGCUCAAGCCCUAGCUUUCGCGGGUUACGCUAGCAUGACUGCCACCGAAAAGUUGGAUGCUGCUCGCAAGAUCGAUGCCCGCUUCAUGGAGUGGUACGGGGCCCUAGUUCCUCGCUUCCAGUUUGAACAACCAGGAUUCCUUGUUGUUCCGACGACCAUUGAUCUGGCGUUGAGCCUAUAUCAUUUCCGCCUGAUGAUGUGGAACUGGAUGAUCCCAUCAGUAAAAGCAGCCCCCGAGGGAAACGACGAUACAAAUGACAGGACUGGCACUCCGGAACCCAAUGAAACCGACGAGAUAAUCCACGAAGCCAAGGAUAUGUGUCUUGAAAUCGUGUCCAUCACGGCCCGGAUCCUUGAGACCGCAGCCGCAGCCUUUGGCCCUAUCUUCAAUACCCUCCUGACCGCACAGACAACCAUCCUGGCGGCUAGUUUCCUCUUGUCCGGCAAUCUCACCACGGCCACCGAGGAGGAUAUGCUGCUACAAAUCAUGCAUACCCUUGUGAGGUGCUCGAGGCAGCGGAAUCUGGUCAAAGGCGUCACCCAUAUGUUAUUGAAGACCGCCGAAGACCAACUUGCUGCUAACAAGGACAGGGAAGUGCCUCCGGGCGGUGUCAGCAAAGCAGUGGUCGAACAGCUAGCUAUAAUAGUCAAAGAUCUUGCUUGGGAAGAACGAGACCAUCUUUCUUUCAGCUCGCAAUAUCCGAAUCACAUCGUUGUGAAGGAAAAUCCGGAAUCUCAGCUCAGUCAGCUGCUCGAUAGUUGGGCCAACUUGGCUCUGAACGAAGGAGACCAGGGUGUUCAAUCAAAUGGUGGUCGCGGCCAGGAGGAAGGGGAAGGGGACAAGGCUUGA